AUGGCUGCUGAGCCAGUUGGUGCAGUGUUGAAGCCAGAUCUGUGCGCCAAAUUGACUGAACAAGAUGUGGCUUCUGGAAAUGAUGGAACAUCUUCUGUUUUGACCCCUUCUAUAUCCCCUUCACUAGAUGCUAAUAGUAGCAUCAAAGGUGAGAGUGGUAAAGAUUCAAAUGCAGAACAAGGUGUUUACUACCCGUCCACUAGCUGUUAUGAUUAUUAUUACCCAGGGUAUAAUGGUAAUUUCACUCAGCUGGAUGACCCUAAUUAUUUUAAUGCUGGUGGUGGUGCUUAUACAGGUUUCCAAUCAGAUAAUGGUUCACUUCUCUAUUAUUUACCUGGGUAUAAUCCUUAUGCUUCCGGAGCUUUCAUGGGCAUGGAAGGUCAACAGCCAUACUAUUCUUCACCAGGGUACCUUCAGCACGCUGUUUCAUAUGGAUCUGAAGGCAUGCCAUGUUAUUCGUGGGACUCCACCUUUGUUGGAGAUGUAGCAAAUGGAACCUCUGGCAUCUCUGGGAAAUCAAAAUCUGCUAAUGGGUUGAAUACUUCAAUGAAGUCAACUAGUUUUAAUGCCAUAAAAUCAAGUAAUGGUUUUGCGGGCAAAUUUCCAACGUUGCCUCUGGAUUCUAAGCCAAGAAAAUCUGCUGCCACAUCUAAUAUCUCUAAGACUGUGCUGGAAAGUCAACCUCUCAAAAAUUUGGGCAAGUUAGGUUCUGGUUAUCCAUCAGGAAGCCUUGUGAAGGGGUUUCAACCUGUUGGUAAGUUCUCCCCAUAUAUCAACCAAAACCCUGGUCUUUUCAUGCAUAAUUACAGAUCAAAUGGUAGAGUAUGGAAUGGGAACAACAGAAAUAAAUUCAGGGACAGAAAUGGUGAAUUUGAUGCGUCAACUGAGCUUACUCGUGGUCCUAGGGCUCAGAAUGGAAGCAAUCCUUCUAAUCCCUCAGCAGAGGAGCACGUGGGUUCCACUGUACAAAGGGAGAAGUAUAACCUAGAAGAAUUCCAAACUCAAUACGAAAAUGCAAAGUUCUUUGUCAUCAAGUCAUACAGUGAAGAUGACAUCCAUAAGUGUAUCAAGUAUGAUGUUUGGUCAAGUACUCCUAAUGGCAAUAAGAAAUUAGAUGAUGCUUUUCACGAAGCAGAAGUAAAAGCGAGUGAGACAGGCACACAAUGCCCAGUUAUUCUAUUUUUCUCAGUAAAUGGAAGUGGACAAUUUGUAGGUGUUGCUGAGAUGAUCGAAUCAGUGGACUUCCACAAAAACAUGGACUUUUGGCAGCUUGACAAAUGGAAUGGGUCCUUUCCUGUAAAGUGGCAUAUAAUUAAGGAUAUUCCUAAUAUGCAUCUGCGACACAUUAUCCUUGAAAACAAUGACGGUAGGCCUGUAACUUACAGCAGGGACACUCAGGAGAUUGGACUCAAGCAAGGUAUAGAGAUGCUGAAUAUUUUUAAGAGCUACUCGGAGAGGACAUCGGUGUUGGAUGAUUUCAACUUCUAUGAAAGCCGCGAGAAAGUUCUUAAAGCUAAAAGAAGCAGCAAACAAACUUCUUCUCAAACAGGGAUCCAUGAGGAUAUGAUUAUCCAUAAGCGUGCCGGGGAAAGGGCAGCUGAAGAAGCAGCUAGGGAAAAUGGUGCUGAUCCAACAUCAUCUAUCGUCAAUCUGACUAAAAAUCUCUCCCUUAAUUCUCACCCACUGAAGAGUGGCGCUAUUACGAAUCCCAGCGAGAACUUGGUUCCUUCUGUUCCUGCAGCCUAG